AUGUACUUACGUGAUGAGUUCAAAAAUUGUGAAACGAAUGUCCGUUUACACGGUAAAGUAGCUCUCGUAACUGGUGCUACUUCAGGUUUGGGCUUGGAAACAGCCAGAGACUUGGCAACGCGCGGCGCCAAGGUCAUCAUCGCCAGUCGCAAUCCUGGUAAAUUGGAAACUGCCAAGAGAGAUAUUAUACAAACAUCUGGCAAUGAGAAUGUUAUCGCAAGACAGAUGGAUUUCGAAUCAUUAGCAUCAGUUAGAAGGUUCGCUCACGAAACGAUAGCUACUGAACCAAGACUUGAUAUUUUGAUAAACAACGUUGGUGCUAUAGGACUCGAAGACAAACUUACUGAGAAUAAUCUGCAACUUAUGAUGCAAGUAAACUAUUUCGGAGCGUUCCUUCUUACUUUCCUAUUAUUCCCUCUGAUGAAAUCAUCAGCACCUAGCAGAAUAGUCAACAUUUCCUCCUUAGCUUUACUUUUUGGUGACAUUAACUUUGACCAUAUGAAUGACGUCGGCAGAUAUUCCAACGUUGGUUUAUAUUGCAACGCCAAGUUAGCUACUGUUUUGUUUACUGCUGAAAUGAAUAGACGAGUGAACGGUUCAGGGGUGAAUGUUUAUAGCAUGGAUCCAGGCUUAAUUAAAUCGGAAAUUUUAAGGAACAUCGAUGACGACAUUUGGAAGUCAUUGCUUAAUAAUUUUGUAAGGAUUUUUGGAAGGUCCACCGACAGAGUGGCUAAGAUGCCCGUCUAUUUAGCAGUCGACCCCAAUUUAAAAAACUUUAGUGGAAGCCACUUUAGGGAUUGCAUGGAGUUCUACAGUCAUUGGAGUGUUAAUGACACGGUACUGACGAAACAGUUGUGGGAUAUAUCCAAGAAACUUGUGAAUAUUGUUGACGAGGAAGAUUGGGAAUAUUGA